CUGAGCACAGCUGUGGGGAGCCGUCUAACCAAGUGAGCGUCCGGAUCCCAGCUCUGGUCCCUGAUCCACUGCCUGAGAUGAUCCCUUUGGUGCUGCUGCUGUUGCUGCUUCUGAUUCAAGAAGCCGCGGCUCUAUCUGAGCCCCAGCUCUGUUACAUUCUGGAUGCUGUGCUAUUCACCUAUGGUAUUGUCCUCACCCUACUCUACUGCCGCCUCAAGAUCCAGGUGCGAAAGACAGCAGCUAGAUUUGAGAAAUCUGAGGAAGUCUACACAGGCCUGAGUACCCGGAGCCAGGAGACUUAUGAGACACUGAAGUAUGAAAAGCCACCACAAUAGAAGAGGAACUAAGAAGAGAGCCCCCAAGGACACAAUGGGCCUCAUCUCUCAAUCCCAGCUCCCUCUACCACCUGAGCACCCUUCAUCGCCCUAACUCCUGCCCAAUAAACUCAACACAUGAAGUAUCCCCAUCCUCAUUAAUAUGAUAUAACGUUACUUCUUGGAUAAUCAUCUGGCUACGUCCCUUUAUUAAUACAUAAUCCCACCUGCUCAAUUUAAUAUUCCUGCCCUUCAUUAAUAUGCAGAGAUGUCAAUGACCCUUGUUAACAUUCACAUAGUGACCCUUGACCACUCCAUGUUAUUAAAGGCUCUCCUCCACCUUUUUAUAUGCCAUCUCCAUCCCUGCCCUUUCUUUCUUCUGAUAAUUAUGGUGUUUUGAAGGUUGGGGCUCAUCCCUCAAUAAAGCUGCCAUGGGCUGGA